AUGACGUAUAGUUCCAACAUUGGCUUGUAUAUGGAAAAACAGAUUAAUGAUAACACAAAGAAGGAACUUCUUUUGAGCCCUUGGAAACCAGAUUUGAGCUUUAAAUUUCCCUUAUCUGGACCAAGAAAUUUGAGAUUUGUUUUGAAAUGGCUUGGUGAGAGGGACUGGCUUGUAUACUCGCCAUCCGAAGACGGAGCAUUCUGUAAAUUUUGCUUCUUAUUUAGCACUACGGUUGGGAAACAGCGUUCGUGCCCAGGAAAACUAGUGAGACAGCGAUUCAGAAACUGGAAAGACGCUAAAGAAGUUUUCCGGGAACAUGAAAAGGCAAAAUACCACUCUGAUUGUCUUCAAAGAGCGGGUGAAUUCUUAGCCACAUACACGGAAAAAGUUCCUAGCAUUGAAAAGGCUUUAGAUGUGGGUAAGUUAGCUCAAAUCAAGAAAAAUAGGGAGCAGCUGAAACCCAUAAUAUCAACAGCACUUUUUCUUGCCAGAAGAGGAUUGGCAUUUCGAGGUCACAGAGAUUCUGGAGCCUGUUCGGAGAACGAAAAAUCGAAAAAAGAGGGGAACUUCAAGGCUCUUCUGAGAUUUCAACUUGAAUCUGGAGAUACUCUCUUGAAGAACCAUUUAGAAACAGCAGGAGCUAAUGCCACAUAUAGAAGCUGGCAGAUUCAGAAUGAAAUCAUAGCAUCGUUCAACAACAUUAUCAUCAGGAAGCUCGUUGAGCAAGUAAAAAAGGCUCAGUGGUUUUCGAUUCUCGUUGACGAAACGACUGAUGUCAGCACAAUUAAGCAAAUGACUUUCUGCGUCAGAUUUAUCGAGGAGGGUAAAGUGCACGAAGAAUUCUUGCAGUUUAUCCCAAUCACUGAUGCAACUGGAAAGGGACUAGCUGAAACAAUAAUCAAAACCAUAAAUAACCUGAAUCUCCAGCCCCAAUGUAUAGUUGGUCAAGGUUAUGAUGGUGCAAGGGCUAUGAGUGGAGACAUAAAAGGAGUUCAAGCACUCAUACAAGAGACGUACCCACGAGCUCUAAGUAAUUCUGUUAGGGUUGUUGUUAAUUUGUUUGCCUUCGACAGAAAGCAGUGGAACCAAUUUGCUAAUGAGCAGAGAUAA